CGAGCAACACCGCUGGUAAUGUCUUCCUUCACUAUCCAUUGCCAUCCUUCGCCCUUGGGUCUCAUAGCUUCCUUAUCGCCUCACGCCGAGAAACAGACGAUCUCUCUCCUGGUGUUCAGCUACUUAUUUGACGACUUGAUAAAUGGGGAAAUUUAUGAAACCCGGGAAGGUGGUUCUGGUGCUGGCUGGUCGCUAUGCUGGACGCAAAGGUGUUAUUGUAAAGAACAUUGAUGAUGGGACUUCUGACAGGCCUUACAGUCAUGCCCUUGUUGCUGGUAUUGAUCGUUACCCUCGAAAAGUGACUGCCAAGAUGGGUAAGAAAAAGGUGGCCAAGAGGUCCAAAAUCAAGUCCUUUGUGAAAGUCUACAACUACAAUCAUCUGAUGCCAACCAGAUACUCCGUUGACAUUCCCCUGGAUAAGACCAUUGUGAACAAGGAUGUUUUCAGGGAUCCUGCUUUGAAAAGAAAAGCCAGACGGGAAGCCAAAGUAAAAUUUGAGGAAAGGUACAAGACAGGAAAAAACAAAUGGUUCUUCCAGAAGCUCCGGUUCUAAGUUGUAUAUCAGAUAAAAUAAAUUUCAUUUAAAUUGUA